AUGAAAUCCACCGCUAAUCACCGCAUAAUCUCUUUGCUUGAAGCGGAGAGAAAGAAGUUUGAUGGCGAAUAUUACACCCCGCAUCCUCGUCUAAUGCAGCGAUGCAAAGCUGCUUGUCGACUAAUGAAAAGUGACCUCUCCAACCAGCCAAGGCAGACUCGUGAACGGAAUUCCAACGCACAAGAUAACUUGGCCGCGAUUUUGAAGAAGAGUGCAGAUAUUUUUGUUCUUCGCUCUUUAACUUCAACAUUGACUCAGAUUGGCUCCAAGCGCGAAUAUGGACUCGUCCCAGUACUCUUCAAAUGGUGGACUGGCGUCCAACAUCCGGAGAGUCUUAGCAAUGUAUCGCGCCAAAUCUGCGCGGAGUUUGGCUUGCAAUAUCCAGACGACGCAAAUAUCUCAAAGACGACUUGCAAGGAUGCCAGAAUUCCCGAAAUCCCUACCGGUGAUGGACAGGACUUGGCUACAACUGGAAUAGAUUCUAACGACGACAAUUUGUUUCAUGAAGCCGGAAAUCCGGAUGAUUUGUCAAGGGAUGGCUUUCCAACUCCUCGCCACACGUUUGAUAUGACAAGCUUCCUUGGAUCUGAAUAUGGAAAUCAAGCAACAGCGGAUCAAUAUAAUACUCAGUUGAGCCAGCGAAGCGAGAAUCCCCUGCAAGGAGUCAGUCCAAGAAGUAUACACGGACCUAAGAUUGCUUAUGCCUUGGAGUGGUACACCACUACCUUGCCUGGAAAUCAAACUGGAAGUGCCAAUUGA